CUACUAUCGGGCCAGAUGUAAACCAGCACCUGCGGAUGAGGGCAAACCUGGAAAGACCAUCACAACUGAAAUCUCCGACAAACCCCCAGCUAUAUGCCACUCAUUCCCAAAGCAUAGAAGCGCCAAAGAAUGGUAUCCCAGAGGCAGCAGCGAUGGAUUCUUCGCGACUUGGAUCGAGGCAAGAAUCGUGCAGAGAGUAAUGGUCCGAAUCAUUGACUGAAGUCAUGACAAAGAAUCACAAAAGUCACUGAAGUCCGUCAGUAUCGUCGAACGAGGGAUGCCAGGUCGACAUUAGGCGGCGGAGACGAGUCUAGAUAGGCUAGAUAGAUGUCAGACAUGUGAAGGACGAGCACCGAGCUGAGGAGGGAAAAAAGGAUUGACUGCCGAGCUCCAGUCGAACGAGUUUCCUAACCUCAAGCUGUUCCACGACUUGGACCAAGAAUCUGGAUAGCACAGAGCAUCAGUUGGGAUGGCGAAAAGAAAUCGUAAGUAAGCGCAUCGUGACUCGUAAGCUUGCGGACGACAUCAGAUUCGGAUAUCGCCGACCCUCGUGAAGUUUCUCCACCUUCGUCGUCCUGCACGCUUCUGCGUGUCCACCUCUCGGAUCCGCGUGUUUCCGCAGCCCACACCCUCCAACGGCGAAAUCUGACCCGGCAUCAUGUCCGACAUCCCUCAAAAACGAGUCCUCCCAUCGAAGGAAUCCGGGCUCUUCAAGGAACUGCUGUCGCUUUACGAGACGAGGCAACUGAAGAAGGGCCUCAAAACCGCGGACCAGAUCCUGAAAAAAUUCCCCGAGCAUGGAGAGACGACGUGCAUGAAGGGACUGAUAAUCACGCACAUGGGGCGGCGGGAGGAGGGGCUCGAUCUCGUCAAGAAGGGCGUCCGGCUCGAUCUCACGUCGCACAUCUGCUGGCACGUCUACGGGCUCAUCCACAAGGGCGAGAAGAAUUACGAGGAGGCGCUUAAAUGCUACACGCAGGCGUUGAAGUUCGACAAGGUUCGUCCCACCCCCCGCUGCGAGCAGGGGAUGCUUCCUAACGUGACUUCCCCCCGUCUGUACCUGCAGGAAAACAUGAACAUCCUCCGCGACGCCGCACACCUACAGACGCAACUACGAUUGUACGAUGGCCUAGUCGAGACGCGACAUGCGAUCCUCAAAUCCCGGCCAAAUCUGCGACAGCACUGGGUCGGGCUGGCGGUUGCGCAUCACCUGAAUGGGAAUCUGGCGGAUGCCAAGAAGGUGCUGGACUACUAUGAGGGAUCCCUAAAAAACAUCCCGGAUUACGAUGUGGAGCAUUCGGAGACCCUGCUUUAUCAUGUCCGAUUGCUAGAGGAGAUGGGAGAGCUGACGGAGGCUCUGACACUGCUGGAUGUCAACGCGAAGGAGCGCGCUAUCGUGGAUCGGACAGCUAUAAUGGAAAUCCGAGCACGCUUACUAACUAAACUAAGCUCUGAAGAGGCUGAGCAAGCAUGGAAGAUCCUCGUCGAACAUAAUCCCGAAAACUAUGGCUAUUACCGUGGCUAUCUCUCCAAUCUCGGUCUCUCGUUAGACCCAUCGGACCCCCAAGCGGCUAAGGCACUGGCAAGCCUCGAAGAUCUUUCAUCACAACUUCCGAAAGCUACUGCUCCCCGACGUCUAGCUUUAACACUAGCCACUGGGGAGCAUUUCCGGGAACUCCUGACACCGUACCUGACGCGGGGUCUGGAGAAGGGUGUCCCUUCGCUGUUCUCCGACAUCAAGGGUUUGUGUCUCGACCCGUCAAAGCAAGCCACGAUCGAGGACGUAGCCGAAACAGCGCUCAAGCAAUACAAUCCGGCCAAGGAAGUCGAGCCCACGUCGUAUCUGUGGACGCUGUACUUCCUUGCGCAGCACCAUUCGUAUCUCGGCCACCACCAGAAGGCGUUGGAGGUGUUGGAGAUCGCGCUGGAGCACACGCCCACGCUGCCGGAGCUGCUGAUGCUCAAGGGGCGGGUACUAAAACGGGCAGGAGAUCUGUACGGCGGAGCGCGCUGCCUGGAAGAUGCCCGACUGCUCGAUGGGCAGGACCGGUUCCUGAACACGAAGAGCGCCAAGUAUCGACUAAGAGCGGGAAUGGUCGAGGAAGCGAGUCAGUUGCUGGGGUUGUUCACAAAGAAAGACGCGCCCAGCCCCGGUGCCGAUCUCGAAGACAUGCAGUCGCUCUUCUACCUCGUCGAAGAGGCCAACGCGCACAACCGUAACGGCGCGCUUGGAUUUGCCCUCAAGAAGUACAUGGCCGUGAAGAAGGUAUUUGAUGAUGUGGAGGACGACCAGUAUGAUUUCCACGGCUACUCGCUGCGCAAGUUCACCAUCAGCAUCUACCUGAACAUGCUCAAAUGGGAAGACCAUCUCAGGUCGCAUCCUGCAUAUGUGACCUCGGCUCUCUCUGCUUCCCGCAUUUUCGUUAGACUUCACGAUGACCCUUCUCUCGCUUCGGGUGCGGGUUCUAAUGCACAGCUGACCGACGCGCAGAAGAAGGCGAAGAAGAAAGCCAAAAAGGCAGCAGAGAAGGUCAAAGAGGAUGCCAAGAAGGCUGCGACGACACAACAAAACAACAACGAAGACAAGGGUCUCGAGCCACCUCAGACCGAUGACGACCCUGACGGCACGAAACUGGUGCAGUGCAAAGAUCCAUUAGACCGUGCUCUCAAGCUUCUCCGGCCGCUUCUCUCCCUGGAAGAAAAGAACAUCCAGGUUUGGAUCGUCUCAUAUGAUGUGGCGUUCCGACGGAAUAAGUAUCUCCAGGCGGCCAAGGCUUUGCUGCGCGCUGCAGCCCUCGAUCCUGAGGAUCCGGAGCUGCAUAUAAGACGAGUGGAGCUCCAGCAGACUGUCACGACACUGCCUGCGUCUGCAGAGGACGCCACCGCUCUGUUGAAGGACUCGGUGGCAAAACUUCUCCCUACUGACGUUUCGCUGGAAGCGUUCAACUCGCAGUAUCUCCAACGACACUCGACCUCGGCUCCCGCUGUCCUGGCGGUGUCGAAAGUGUCGGCCAAACUGGGGGCUCCAGCCGACGAGACCGUAUUCAGCGUGUUCAACCCAGAUGUAACGCUGACGGUCAAGGAUGCGCAAUCGAUCCUCAGCUAUCUCACAGAGACCAAAUCUCCAAGGGCGGAUGAGUUCAGGACACGAUGUGCCGACAAGUUUGUGCUCUCUACGGUGUUCCGCACCGCGAAAGAGCUCGAGCAGUUGAAGGCCGCGACGCUGGCCGCCCGCGUGGUCGACGACAAAGUGGAUCCGGAGGAGGUGGCCUGAUCAGAACCGCGAAUUGUAGAUUACAUAUAUGUACUAGAUGAGGGCCUAUCGGUAAUCUUGCCUAUUGAUUGUUG